AUGGCAGAAAGAACAAUACAAGAUAUAGCUGAACAAAAAAAGCGUCUUGCAAUAGCGCAAAUCAAUAAAAACACGGAAGAGAAAGCAGAUGCCUACUACAAUCUAGCCAGAGCUUAUUCCUUCCUCAAUGACUUCCAUCAAGCAGUAGAGUACCUCAAGCAAUACCUGAGCAUUGCUGAGGAAGUCGGUCACAGAGCAGGAUCAACAGGAUGGGCCUAUGGCAGACUCGGCUGUGCUUACAAUUCCCUCGGUGACUCCCAAAGAGCAAUAGAGUACCACAAUCAACACCUCAGGAUUGCCAAGGAAGUUAGUGACAGGGCAGGUGAAGGAUGUGCCUAUGGCCAUCUCGGCAAAGCUUAUCACAGCCUUCAAGAAUUCCAAAGAGCAAUAGAGUACCACAAUCAACACCUCAGCAUUGCCAAGGAAGUCGGUAACAGGAAAUGUGAAGGAAGUGCCUAUAGCAAUCUCGGCUGUGUUUAUGACAGCCUUAGAGAAUUCCAAAGAGUAAUAGAGUACCACAAUCAACUCCUUAGCUUUGCCAAGGAAGUUCGUGACAGGGAAAGUCAAGCCAUAGCCUAUGGCAAUCUCGGCAAUAUUUAUUUACGUCUCGGCGAAUACCAACGAGCAAUAGAGUACACCGAGGAAUCUCUCAUCAUUGCCAAGGAAGAUGGUAACAGGGCACAGGAAGGCUAUGCCUAUUCCAAUCUCGGCACUGCUUAUAACAGCCUUCACGAAUUCCCACGAGCAAUGGAGUGCCACAAGAAGCACUUGAGCAUUGCCAAGGAAGUCGGUGACAGAAAAGGACAAGAAAAUGCCUAUUUAGAAAUCGGCGACGUUCAUUAUUCCCUCGGCGAUGUGCCACGAGCAAUGGAGUACUACAAGAAACGCCUGCGCAAUGCCGAGGAAAUCGGUGACAGGAGUGGACAAGGACGUGCCUAUUGCCGCCUCGGAAAGUGUUAUUUAAAUCUCCACGACUUGAAGGAAGCAAUAGAGUGUUACAAGCAACACCUGAGCAUUGCCGAGGAAAUCGGUGACAGGAUGGCAGAAGCAUGUGCACAUACAGGUCUGGGUAACUCUUUUUUGGAAUCACAUUCUUUGAAUGAGGCUUUAGAACAUUUUAGAUACUGUGUUAAAAUCUUUGACACUAUUAGAGCUAAUUCUAUCUCGGAAGAUCAAUUGAAAAUAAGUUUUCGUACGGAACAUCAAGAUGCCUAUACUAAUUUAUGGCACGUUUUAGUAAUGCUUCAAAGGAAUGAUGAGGCUUUAUACGCUGCUGAGAGGGGACGAGCACAGGCUUUGCUCGAUGCCUUAAAAGUAACUUAUGGCCUUACAUCACCUUCUCAAAGGUCAAUUGAAUCUGAAGAAGAAGUCAGAAAUAUUUCAAGGAAGACAAAUGUUUUAACAGUUUUUCUUGCCCUUCAUGUCAAAACAGUCAAUAUCUGGGUGUUGGGAAAAGAGGGCAACCCUAUUUUUAGGCAAAAGGAGAUAGAACACGAAGAUUCCUUUACUCUCCUUUUAGACACUGUUUUGAAAGGAUGGAACGUUAAAAGAGGAAAAGAGGGCAACCCUAUUUUUAGGCAAGCGGAGAUAGAAAUUGGACGUGAACACGAAGAUUCCUUUACUCUCCUUUUAGACACUGUUUUGAAAAACAUUAGGGCUGGCGUCGGUAUUAGGUGCGAAAAUCGGUCAAUGGAUAAGAGGAGUGAUGACUCAACUCCCUCAAGUACUCGAGACGACAAUCGAACAUCGGAGCCAUCACAGAAGAGCACCGACCAUUUACAGCCAUUAUAUGAUGCAGUUCUUGGUCCCAUUGAAGACUUGCUUGAUGGUGAUGAACUAAUUGUAGUUCCUGACGGCGCUUUGUCUAAAGCUCCUUGGGCAGCCCUGAGUGAAACUUUAAGGAUCCGCACUGUUCCCUCACUGACAAGUUUGAAAGUCAUCACAGAUUCUCCAUCUGGACACCACAGUAAAAGUGGAGCCUUACUUGUCGGAGAUCCAUGUUUGGAGAAAGUUACAGAUAAAUGGGGAAACCCCAUUUAUGAGCAGCUGAAGUACGCAAAAGUGGAAGUCGAGAUGAUUGGAGAAAUUCUAAAGAGUCAACCCUUAACAGGUGAAGAUGCAACCAAGGGAGCGGUACUUCAGAGAAUCGGGUCAGUUGCUUUGGUUCACAUUGCAGCCCACGGAAGAAAGGAAACCGGAGAAAUUGUUCUGGCCCCAGAUCCCCGAUGGGAAUCCAAGUCUCCUACGGAGGAGGACUGCAUUAUGAAAAUUUCUGACAUACAAGCUGUUAAGCUGAGAGCGAGGCUGGUUGUGCUUAGUUGCUGCCACAGUGGUCAAGGAAAGGUAUCGUCUGAGGGUGUGGUCGGUAUGGCACGUGCUUUCUUGUUAGCUGGUGCUCGUUCCGUGCUGGCGACACUUUGGGCAAUUGAUGACGAAGCCACAAUGAUGUUUAUGAAAUCUUUCUACCAACAACUUGGAAGUGGAGAAAGGGCAAGUGUUGCUCUUCAGAGGGCCAUGAAAUGUCUUCGAGACUCCUUCGAUUUUUCUGCCCCGAAGUACUGGGCUCCUUUUGUUCUGAUGGGCGAUGACGUUAAGAUUGAAUUGGAAAAAGAGUCAUUUAGCAAGUCGUAA